UUUUCAAUCACUCUCAAGUGUGAUCUUGAGCUUAUGGUCAUUGCUUGAAGUAUCAUUCCUUGCAUGUUCUCUUGUUCAAUUGUCAUGGACACUGAGAAUGGGAACUUCUUCUUGAGUUCUUCAUCAAAGAAGAAUUCAUGGAGGAGUACUUUGAUUUUAGCAUAUCAAAGCUUGGGUGUUGUUUAUGGGGACUUGAGCAUCUCCCCUUUGUAUGUCUUCAAGAGCACAUUUGCAGAAGAUAUCUCUCAUUCAUACUCAAAUGUUGAGGUCUUUGGUGUUCUUUCUUUUGUGUUUUGGACUCUCACUCUCAUUCCUUUGCUCAAGUAUGUUUUUAUAGUUCUUAGAGCUGAUGACAAUGGUGAAGGUGGUACUUUUGGUCUGUAUUCAUUGAUUUGCAGACAUGCAAAUGUGAGUCUUCUGCCAAACAAACAGGCUGCAGAUGAAGAGCUCUCAACAUACAGAUCAGAAUGUUCUGCAGAAAUAUUGAAGAACAACAACAACAGUUCAAGAAUUAAGAUUUGGAUUGAGAAUCACAAGAAGUUUCAUGUUGCUCUGUUGUUUGUGGUCAUGCUUGGAACUUGUAUGGUGAUUGGAGAUGGUUUGCUUAUUCCUGCCAUUUCAGUUUUUUCUGCAGUUCAAGGAUUGGAGUUAUCCUUGUCCAAUGUUCACCAUCAAUAUGCUGUGGUGCCGAUUACUUGUGUCAUAAUAAUAUGUUUGUUCAUGCUGCAACACUACGGAACACAUCGAAUUGGAUUUCUAUUCGCACCGAUUAUUCUUGCCUGGCUUCUUUGCAUUAGUGUUAUCGGCGUAUAUAACAUAUUUCGCUGGAAUCCACAAAUUUACCGAGCAUUAUCACCAUAUUACAUGUUCAAGUUCUUGAGGAAAACAAAGCGAGGCGGAUGGGAAUCUCUUGGUGGAAUUCUUUUAUGCAUUACCGGUUCCGAGGCGAUGUUUGCUGAUCUCGGUCACUUCUCAUACAGUGCAAUUCAGAUUGCUUUCACUGCACUGGUUUAUCCAGCACUGAUACUGGCAUACAUGGGACAAGCUGCAUACUUAUCGAAACACCAUGAAAUCAAAACAAGUUACAUGAUUGGCUUUUAUGCCUCAGUUCCAGAUGAUGCAAGGUGGCCUGUUCUUCUGUUAGCUAUAUUAGCUUCCAUUGCCGGAAGCCAAGCGAUCAUCAGCGGGACAUUCUCGAUCAUAAACCAGAGCUAUUCGCUUGGUUGUUUUCCGAGAGUCAAAGUUCUACACACCUCCAAGAAAAUUCAUGGCCAAAUCUAUAUCCCUGAGAUCAAUUGGAUGCUCAUGUUCCUCUGUGUCGCCGUUGCGUUGGGAUUCAGAGAUACAAAACAAAUUGGCAAUGCUUCAGGCUUAGCAGUAAUUACAGUGAUGAUGGUCACCACUUGCCUCACAUCCUUGGUUAUGAUCCUAUGUUGGCACAAACCACCUCUGCUUGCACUCGCCUUUGUCCUCGCCUUUGGCUCCAUCGAACUCCUCUACUUCUCUGCAUCACUAGUCAAGUUCCUCGAAGGAGCUUGGCUCCCAAUCCUUCUAGCAUUCUUCCUCAUGAUCAUCAUGUUUGUUUGGCACUACACAACAAUGAAGAAGUACGAGCAUGAUCUCCACAACAAGGUUUCCAUAGACUGGCUCCUCGCUCUUGGAGACACUCUAGGCAUUGCGCGUGUCCCUGGUAUUGGUCUUGUUUACUCAGACGUAAUCUCUUGUGUGCCUGCUAACUUUUCUCGCUUUGUCACCAAUCUCCCAGCAUUCCACAAGAUCCUAGUCUUUGUUUGCAUCAAGUAUGUGCCUGUUCCUUUUGUUUCUCCAACAGAGAGGUACCUAGUUGGCCGUGUUGGGCCGCCUGAUCAUCGAUCUUACCGCUGCAUCGUGCGAUACGGCUACCGUGAUGUCCACCAGGACAUCGACUGCUUCGAGACUGAGCUUCUGACUAAUUUGGCUGAGUUCAUAACAUAUGAAGGACGGGAAAACAUGCAAAGCAUCCAAUCUGCAAACAUGACAGAUAACAAUGGCCUGGAGAUUGUUGAAAUGGCUGUCAGAGAAGAGCUUCAGGAGCUAAAGGAGGCCCAAGAGGCCGGGACUGCAUUCAUACUCGGCCACUCGCAUGUCCGGGUAAAAUCGGGAUCGUCUUUGAUAAAGAAGUUGGCCAUCAAUGUGGCCUACAACUUCCUUAGAAGGAACUGCAGGGGUUCAGAGGUGGCCCUCAGAGUGCCUCCAGCUUCACUACUGGAAGUUGGAAUGGUGUAUGUCUUAUAACUUACAAGGAGAUAUACUGUUAGCUCUAAUCAAUGUAUUCGUAAUCUCAAUAUCAAGAGAUAUAUCGAUUGAUAAAAAUGCGAAGUAAUCUCUAGGAUAUCAUAUGUGAAAUCUACAUGUAUAUGUUUGCUCCCCGGAGUGAUAUUAGAAAAAGUUUGCCUUGUGUAUUCUAAACUUUCUGGGUCAUAAAUCAGCAGAAAAAAAGAACUCAGGAUUAACAUUGCAGUAAAAAAGAUUCAGAUUGUACUUGAA